AUGCAGGCCCCUGCGGCUACCGCCCACGGCGACGCCCUGUCGCCCUCCUGCGGCCACUUCCGGGUUGCUCGCCGGUCGCUUCGACUGCUGCCAUCGCGGAUCAAGCGCUGUGCCGCGCAAGGGGACCCCGCAACCACUGCAGAGGACAAUGGCAUCGACGCCGUAGAGGAGGAGGUCGUGAAGCCGGUGGAGAUUGACAUCCGUGGGGUCGCUAGUCAAGCCGACAUCACUCAGUUUGCGAAGAAAGCCGCCGGGACAUUCGCCCCGCGGGCGUCCGGGGCCGUACAGAAUCCGGCCUACAAAGGGAGCCUUCUCUACAAUGUGUUUGGGUGGCAAGCAUGGGCGUCAAUGGUGGUACGACCUGACCAGAACCUGAACGAGAUCGUAACUACAUAUGAAAAAGUUGCGAUGCGCCUAUCAGCAAAAUGGUUGGUGCACUUGGUGUCCAGCUUUGUAUCCCUGGACCGCAUGCCAACUCCCUUCACAAAAUUGCAUAUCUUUGUCUCAACUUGUAGAAGAUGUGGCGCUUAG